GUGUGUGUUCACAAGUAUGUAUACCGGAAUAUUCUUGGUUUUCUGUUGAAAAUUUAUAGCAAGGAGAGUUGAAGAAAUUAGCUGAGAGAGAGAGAGAGAGAGAGAGAGAGAGAGAGAGAGAGAGAGAGAGAGAGUCUUUGAGAAGUUGUUUCAGAAGUGAAAAUGGAGGGGAAUCGUUCCAGCAAGCGAGAUGUGUUCACCGAUUUGGUGCUUUCAUGGUCUCUUCAAGAUAUCUGUGAUGAGAAUAUGUACCAAUACCAGGUGGAGAAGAUUCCAAUGUCAUUUGAAUCUGUUGACCAGUAUCUUGGUUCGUACAUCUUCCCUUUAUUAGAAGAAACACGUGCCCAACUUGCUUCCGCCAUGGAAACUAUAUGUAGUGCACCUUUUGCUGAAGUGACAUCUUGUACCGAGGCAACACAUCGGAACGUCGUGUACAUUGUUAAGGUUGAUCAAUGGGGAAAUAGUGUCGGUGAUUUUGGUGGUGAGCGGCAAAAAAUCUCGCCCGGUGAUGUUGUUCUUCUUUCCGAUUCGAAACCCGAAACCAUUUCCCACUCACCACUUAACGGCGGGACGUAUAAUUUUGCGUGUAUAAAAGAUAUCACGUACGACGAGAUUGAUCGUAGUUUUGAACUUACAACUGUUGAGGGCGUUGAAGAUGGACAAAGAAAGUCUGCUGAGCGCAUUGAAGAUGGACAAAGAAAGUCGCGUCAUAUGGUUUACUUGAUGAACAUAAUACCACAUAAAAGAAUAUGGGAAGCGUUACGUAUGCGUCAGAAUUUGAACAUUAUCGAGAAAUCACUCACGAAGAAUGACGUGGGUGUGGAAAUGUGUGAAGUUUGCGCUUUUGAAUACAAUGUUGAGAUGGAGGGGAAACUGCGAUCGAGUAUAUCGUCCAAGUUAAACGAAUCGCAGCUCGAUGCAAUUUCUGCUUGUCUAUCGAAAUCCGAGUGCAGCCACAAGUCAUCAGUCGAACUCAUAUGGGGUCCACCUGGAACUGGAAAAACAUCAACCUUAAGCAACUUGCUUCAUCUUCUCCUGCAAAUGAACGUUCGGACACUCGUUUGUGCACCGACAAACGUCGCAAUUAAAGAACUCGCCACUCGUGUGGUAGCACUGGUAAAAAAAUCAUCCAAGGAGAACCAUUAUUCGUCAUGUCCUUUAGGAGAGAUGCUCAUCUUUGGAAAUAAGGACCGUCUGAGAGUUGGCUCGGAUAUCGAGGAAAUCUAUUUGGAUUACCGUGUCGAGAAACUUGCACAUUGCUUAUACUCUUUUGCAUCCAUGCUCGAUUUUCUCGAAGACUGUGUUUCUCAGCAUCGAAUCUUUGUGGAGAAUGAGAUAAUAAAAGAAAAAAAGAGUCUUGAGAAUGAGGCUAAUAAGUCGCUUUUGGAGUUUGCUAGGGACGAAUUUGCAAAUUUAGCAACACCACUGAGAGAUUGCAAGUCAGCAUUAAUCCCUCAUUUGCCAUCAAGUUUCGUUCACGAGCAGCAGAUAUUUCAAAGCGUAACACAACUUAUGUCUCUCCUCGAUUCGAUCGAGAUGUUUUUGUUUGAAGACAAGAGCUUGACAUCUGACGAACUCGAGAGAAUCUUUUUACGAGAGGGAAUGGUCGGUGUUGAAGAACCGUCCUUAAUGUAUACGAGAAGCCAAUGUCUGAAUAUUCUGAGAUCCCUUAGGGCUUCUCUACGUGAACUCGGCAUUCCGAAUGGCAUCGACAUAACCUGCACGGAUUUUUGUUUCAGAAACGCUACUUUAAUUUUUUGCACCACUUCAACUGCGUUUACGCUACACAAUCGUAAAACGGAACUUUUCAAAAUGUUGGUAAUCGAUGAAGCUGCUCAAGUGAAGGAGUGCGAAUCGAACAUAGCACUUCAGAUGCCAGGUUUGAGGCAUGCAGUUCUUGUUGGAGACGAAUGCCAAUUACCAGCCACAGUUAAGAGCAAGAUAUCGGAAGAAGCUGGAUUUGGGAGAAGUAUGUUUGAAAGAUUGAGUUUGUUAGGUCACUCAAAGCAUCUGCUUAAUGUGCAAUACCGAAUGCAUCCAUCGAUAAGUCGGUUUCCGAAUUCGAGUUUCUAUCAGAACCGGAUAUUAGAUGCAUCUAAUGUGCAGAAACUAAGCUACAAAAGAUGUUAUCUUCAAGGGAGGAUUUACGGGCCUUAUUCGUUUAUAGAUAUUCCCGGGAAUAACGAAGAAUUUGAUGAUUUCGGGCGCAGUCGAAAAAAUAUGGUUGAGGUGGCUGUAGCUGUGAUGCUAGUGCACAAACUCUUCAAAGCAUGGAAUGGAUCAAACGAGAAACUCAGCAUCGGCUUGAUUUCCCCUUACGCUGCACAAGCUGCAGCCAUUCGAGAUAGGCUUCAACGCAAGUAUGAGAACUUUGACAAGUUUAUAGUCAAUGUGAAGUCAAUCGAUGGCUUUCAAGGCGGGGAGGAAGAUAUAAUAAUUAUAUCAACUGUAAGGUCGAAUAAAAGUGGUUCCGUUGGUUUUUUGUCUAGUACUCAAAGAACCAACGUAGCUUUGACCAGAGCUCGUCAUUGUCUCUGGAUAUUGGGAAGUGAAAAAACUUUAAGCGAAAGUGAUUCAGUUUGGAAAGCACUAGUAUCCGAUGCUAAGGAACGCGAUCGUUUCUUCACUGCCGAUGAAGAUUGCGACAUUCGAAAAGUUAUUAUAGACGUUAAGAAAGAGUUGGAACAAUUGAAGAACUUCUUAGUGGGGAGAGUAUACUUUUCAAAAAUUCAAGAUGGAAGGUACAACUCGUUUGUUGUAUUCAGUGAAAACUUCCGAAAGUCAUUUCAGAAAUUGAACCCUUCCAAUGUGAAGAAGCUGGCAAUAACUGUUUUACUUAAGCUUGCAAGUGGCUGGCGGCCCAAGAAUAUAAACGUGGACUGGAAAUGCGAGAGCUCUUCGUACAUUGUGAAGCAAAUCAAGGUUGCAAAAUACUAUGUUGUGUGCUCAAUCGACUUGGUUAAGGACCCUGUUUACGUACAAAUUUUCAAAGUGUGGGAUAUAUUGCCCAUGACGGAGACUGCAAAACUCUUGAAACGACUCGACAGCAUUUUUGCUAUGUAUACGGAUGAUUUUAUCGACCGCUGCAACGAGAAGUUGUGCGAGGGAAAUUUGGAGGUGCCAAAGAGUUGGUCAGUUUCCGAUGAUGUAAUCCGGUUCAAGAACCAAAAUGACACCAAAGUCGAUGGUACCGUUGACUGCAGAAGUCAUGUUGAAAAUGCCAAAGUGAACGAAAGCUUACUGUUGAUGAAAUUUUAUUCAUUGUCGAGUGAUGUUGUGAAUCAUUUGCUUACCGAUGUCGAGGGUAGAGAAGUGGAUCUCCCAUUUGAGGUUACCGAUGAAGAGCGUGCAAUAAUAAUGUUUCCGAGGAGCAGCUUUAUAUUAGGUCGAUCUGGUACUGGGAAGACGACUAUUUUGACUAUGAAGUUGUACCAGAAGCUUCAUCAGUACUCCGUUGCCACACGGGAUUCUGUGACAGCUGGCGAUGUUGCGCCUAUUUUGCAUCAGCUUUUUGUUACCGUUAGUCCGAAACUCUGUUAUGCUGUCAAAAAACACGUAACACAGCUAAAGAGCUUUGCUAGUGAGGAUGCCUCCGGAAAUAACAACUCCACGGAUAUGGACGAUUUAGAUGAAAUGCUUGAAUUCAGAGAUAUCCCCGACACAUUUGUUGGCAUCGAACCAGAAAAAUAUCCUCUGAUUAUCACAUUUCAUAAGCUUCUAAUGAUGCUCGAUGGAACUUUGGGUAAUUCUUACUUUGAAAGAUUUCGUGAAGUAAGAGGCUCCUCACAGUACGAAGGAAGAAGAUCUAUUGCACUGCAGACUUUCAUUAGGACAAACGAGGUUACAUAUGACCGUUUUCGGUCGUUUUACUGGCCCCACUUCAAUGCUAAGUGUACAAAAAUUCUUGAUCCUUCAAGAGUGUUCACCGAAAUAAUGUCGCAUAUAAAAGGAAGUCUAAAAGACGGCGAAUCGGGCGAAACCAAACGAAGCAGAGAGGCCUAUGUUUCAUUAUCCGAAAGUAGGGUUUCCACUUUAAGUGCGGAGAAAAGGGAUGCGAUUUACGACGUGUUUGAGGACUACGAGAAAAUGAAAAUGGAGCGUGGUGAAUUUGAUCUUGCUGAUUUUGUGAUCGAUAUUCAUCUACGGCUCAAGAAUGAGGAGGAUUUAAUGGGUGAUAAAAUGGAUUUCGUGUACAUCGAUGAAGUGCAAGACCUUACAAUGCGGCAAAUUUCUCUUUUCCGGUUUAUUUGCAAAAAUGUGGACGAAGGAUUUGUAUUUUGUGGAGAUACAGCACAGACAAUUGCACGAGGGAUUGACUUUCGGUUUGAAGACAUUAGAUCAUUGUUCUAUAAUGAGUUUUUUAUGAAAUCAUCGGUUUUAGGAAGAAGAGAGAAAGGGGUUGUAUCGGAUACGUUUUGCUUGUCGCAGAAUUUUCGUACUCAUACCGGUGUACUUAGGUUAGCGCAAAGUGUCAUAGAUCUCAUUUGCCAUUUUUUUCCACAAUCGAUUGAUGUAUUGUCUCCAGAGAGUAGUUUUAUAUAUGGCGAGUCGCCUAUUGUACUCGAACCGGGUAGUGACGAGAACUUGAUUAUGAGUAUUUUUGGUCAUAGUGGGCAUUAUGGUGAAAAAUGGGUGGGCUUUGGUGCUGACCAAGUUAUUCUAGUACGGGACGAUUCUGCGAGAAAGGAAAUACUCAACUAUAUCGGCAAACAAGCUCUUGUUCUUACUAUAGUUGAGUGCAAGGGGCUCGAGUUUCAGGAUGUUUUAUUGUACAACUUUUUUGGUUCAUCACCAAUGAGUGAUCAAUGGAGGGUUUUGUACGAAUACUUGAAAGAAAAGGAUCUACUUGAUUCCACUAUUGCAAAGUCGUUUCCAAGUUUUAGCGAGUCGAGACACAAUAUCCUUUGCUCUGAACUAAAGCAGAAAAUAGACGACUCUCUUGCAUUAGCUAUGCAAAAAAAUAGCAGCCCCGAGGAGUGGAAGUCACAGGGAAUCAAGGCUUCUGGUCUUAGAGCUUCGGCCGACUCUAUGCGUGGUUCAAACCCUAAAGAGUCACGUGUAAUGCUUAGAGAGGCUGCCGAAAUAUUUGAUUCUAUUGAUCGAGCUGAUACUGCAGCUGAAUGUUUUUGCGACUUGGGGGAUUACGAAAGAGCAGGAAGGAUAUACAUGGAAAAAUGUGGUACGUCUGAGCUUCGAAAAGCAGGGGAGUGCUUCUCAUUAGCUGGAAAUUACAAACUUGCCACUGAAGUUUAUAACAAGGGGAAUUUUUUCGACGAGUGCUUAUCAGCUUGCACCAAAGGCAAUCAUUUUGACCUCGGUCUGCAGUACAUCGAGCAAUGGAAACAACAAGCAUCAUCCGAUACCGGAAUUAUGACGAGAUUUAAGGAGAUCAACAAGAUUGCACAACAGUUUCUCGAAAAAUGUGCUUUGGAAUGUCAUAAGAACAAAGACAGUACGUCGAUGAUGAAGUUUGUUUGUGCUUUCUGUACGGAAAAAUCCAAAAGAAACUUCUUGAAGUCAAGGGACUGCCUUGAGGAGCUUCUAACAUUGGAGGAAGAUUCCGGAAAUUUUAUCGAGGCUGUAGACAUUGCACAAGAAUUAGGGCUUGUUUUACGUGAGAUUGAUUUGCUUGAAAAGGCUAUGGACUUUCGGAAUGCUUCUUUGCUCGUAAUUUCGUAUGUACUGAAUAACUCUCUGUGGGUGUAUGGAAGUCGAGGUUGGCCUCUAAAAUCAUUUCCUCAAGAGGAAGAGAUUUUAGCAAAAGCGAUUUCGGAUGCGAAAAUGGUUUCGGAAAAUUUUCAUGCGUCAAUUUGUGCCGAGGCCAAUUUUUUGUGUAUGGGUGAUAGGAUGAACUUGUCCGAGUUGAUGCAGUGUUAUAGUGCUUCGAAGCAAUAUAAAUCUCGUAUGAUCGAAAUUCUAUCCGUCAGAAAAUUCCUCGAUGCCCAUUUUCAAGUGCAUCCGACAAAAUACGAAUCGGAUCCGACAAAAUUCCUCUUUGAUCGGAGUUUAUUCGAAGAAAAAAUGUCGAAGAACAAAGUCUCUGGUGGAACACUUGUUUUCGCUUGGAACCUAUGGAAGGUGCAAAGCUCGGAGAUCUUCGAAUUUCUCGAUUCUAUCGAAGGGGCUGACCUCAGCGAAUGUGAAGACACUGCUCGAUUCUGUUUUAACUACUUUGGAGUGAGGUCGCCGAAUAACUCGAGUGACACCUGUAUAUUGCUCAACCCUAAUUCUGCAUGGAUUAGAAAUUCCGAUAAGAGGUUCGUUGUGCCGAAAAGAAAGUUGUCAACUCUUGAUAUUCGUCAUUUUGCUUCGGCUGCUCGAGAUUAUUGGUGUCAAGAAAUAGUUUCGACUGGACUACGAGUUCUGGAGGCUCUUCAAUCUCUUCUGACGAAGCCCUCGUUGUCUAUGUACUGCCAAAGUGUGUGCCUCGUUCACAUUUUCGACAUAACAAGGUUCGUUCAGUCGAAAUCACCCACCACAAAGAAACUGCAGAACUUUGUUUCGUUAUGCGUCGAGUCCAAAUACUUCAGUUCUGUUUUUCCUUUGGACACUCGACACUCGUUAUCUGAGGAUAUGGUUUCUUUAAGGGAAUCCGAACUUUCCAAUAAUUUACUCGAAGAAAUUAUCUCGAGAAAUAUUGUUAGCUCAAGGAAUAAUAAUGAACUGACGUAUAGGCAGAUAGGAGAGGCGGUGAUGACAAUGCUCGGGUCUGGAUUAUUGCAGAGAAACGGAAUUCAUGAGAAAAUUAUCGCAAGGCUGUCUGAAAGCUCUUCAUGGAAGUCAUUCAUCGAGAAUCUGAUCAGUGUGCAAGAAUCUUCCAAAGAUUCUCUUAGUCGCGAGUUUCAUAAUGCACUUGUAGAAACUUACAACAUAAACUGGAGGGCGAGUGACUAUAUUUCUCCGAAAUGUUUCUUUUAUCUCGUGGAGAGGCUCUUGAUUUUGGUUCCUAACUCCCGAGGGUUUUUUUUCACUACGAAAUCGUCGUUCGUGGAGUAUUUAAUGUGCCUUAAAUCGGAUGCGAAUCCGAGUUCCGGUUUAGCAACGGACGAGAAAUCGUAUGCUGCAGACACGUUUAACUUUGUGGUGAGUGUGGUCAGAGAAUGUCUUUAUAACAGUCAGGGUACAGCAGAGUGGAUUGCUCGUUCGAAUAUCAACGGCAGCUACUAUUUUCCCGUGCUUAUGCUGAGGCUGUUCAUGAUUCUGUGUUUGUCGUGUCUGAAUUCGGAGUUGUCGUUCAACGUACUUUUCGACGUGCUUAAAGUAGCUCAUAUCCGAAACCAGCUGCCGUGGAAAUUUUGUGAAGCGAUUAGGUGUAGACGGAUGAAUAAUGUGUCGGACGAAUCUGCAGUUGCUGGAGCAUUCAAUAUUAUCGGGGAUCCACUUGUUAUUAUAGGCUCGAACGAGAAUAGUCGUCGUCUCGAGUUUUUAUGCCCUAAUGCAGUUUUUCUUGAUUUGAAGUCCUUCUCGUGUAGAAAUGAGGUCAUCGAAAAACUAUUUCCUAAGAGCAGUGAUAAAGAAGCUACCGUCGAAAGAAAUGUUGUUGGUGAACAAGUUAUUACCACUACGCAAUCUUUGAAAACGACAUUGGAAACCGAUUCACGGUUAACCAGCUCAGAGAAAGGAAAAGGGGAUAUUCAACUAAACUUAAACUGGGGUAUUGUUCGAGAAUUGUUUGACGCCUUGGAGUCGCUACGGAAUAGAAAUGAUGGAGAUUCGAAGAGCCUUGUCUUGAGAAAGAAGGAGGAAAUGGAGAACCAUAUUAACUUAUUAACUGCUGAAAUGGCAAAGGUAAGUGAUAAAAAUGUGGCGGACGAAGUCACUGCAACGAUUGAGGAACUGACCGAGCUUUGUUCUUUGUUAGAUACGAGUGACUUUGAUACUAAAGCCAUGCAGAAGAUUGAAGAAAUUAUGAAGAGAUUGGAAGAAAGGAGGCCUCAAUUAAUGUCGAGUUCGAAUAAUGAACCACCAAAUGUAAGUACUAUUGAAUCUCAAAUGGUGGAUGAUCACAAGAUGAUUCCUUCGAGUUCUGUUGUUUCUGAUGAUGACGAGGAUGACGAUGGAAAAAAUAAUAGCAAAAAUGGAAAAGGAAACGGUAAGAAGAAACCGCAGUCGAAAAAAGGGAAAGGGAAAGAAAGGAGGCCUCAAUUAAUGUCGAGUUCGAAUAAUGAACCACCAAAUGUAAGUACUAUUGAAUCUCAAGUGGUGGAUGAUCACAAGAUGAUUCCUUCGAGUUCUGUUGUUUCUGAUGAUGACGAGAAUGACGAUGGAAAAAAUAAUAGCAAAAAUGGAAAAGGAAACGGUAAGAAGAAACCGCAGUCGAAAAAAGGGAAAGGGAAACGGAAAGGAGGUAAAAGAAAGUAAAAAGGAUCACGAGAUAACUUUCUUGGAUUUGAAACAAACAUUAUUGCAAGAUAAUAUUUUUGUUCCCUUUUUUUUAUGUUACUUUUUGUUUUAAGUCCAGGUGGUCGAUUGCUCGAAUCGAGUAUUUAUCAUUUACUAACAUUUUACGUAUAAAAUGCGUGUGUGCGUGUAAGUACAUGAUUGUAUGACCUGUCACAUGUUAUGAUUGUAUGGCGGAACAUAUGAAUUGGAUUUUGUAUGAACGAAAAAAGGAAUACACUGCAAAACCCGACGUUUUUGUAAUGUCGAAUUGCUAAAAGAA